ACUCGACUCGUCUCGAUUUUGUUAAGACAAAGUUUGCUAUAACAAACCUUUACUGACUUUUGGGACCAUUUUUGCGAAUCCUCCUCCUGUAUGAAAACUUUAAUACGUUUUCUUUUAAAAAGAACCCUGAUUUAAAAACGAACAGUUGAUGAAAGUUUUGAAUAAAUAAUUAAGCCGAUACUGUCGAACGUUUUUUUUUUUUUUUCCCUUUCUUUUUUCAAAUGAACAACAGCAUCCUCUACAGACAAGGAACUAUAAAUAUAACCCACAUAAGAGCAGGUGAUUAGGGUUAGAGCGCACUGAUCCAGAAAAAAAACAAACAAACAUGGACUUUGACCAGCAGGCACUUGUGUUCUGAUGUUUUUGUGGCGGUCCGUGAAGUAAUUCUAAUUCUAAGUCCUAAAUUCUAAUUCUAAGUCCUAAAUUCUAAUUCUAAGUUCUGAAAACUCUAGAAUUUCUGACUUGGCACCUAGAGAGUGCGCUACGGAAUUUAGCAACACACUUAUUCAGACAGAGGAAGCAGGAGUGCGUUUUAAUCUCAUUACUGCACCGACGACAUGUGAGCAGAGAUUUGAUGAGAUUAAGCUCAAGCCUAAACCAGCCUAAACUCUGUAUUCUCUCUCUCUCUCUCCCACACACACACUUUAGAGGUAACAGUUUAGCAGAACUACACGUCUCAGCGAUUGUAUCUUAUGCACCAUCACGCUAUAUCUGUGUAACGACAGGGAAGAGACAGAAGAGUUACAAAUAGCGACAACAGGAACACGCACAGGAGAAUUGUCUUCUUGAUUUAACAGCUCGUGAACGAAUCGCUGGUCAUUUAAAGCUUUUAAAGAGCAGUGAUGGCCAUAGCCGCAGUGGAGUUGAUGGGCUUCUUCUUAGGAAUCCUGGGUUUGAUUGGAAACUUAGUGGCCACCCUGCUGCCCUACUGGGAAGUCUCGGCCCACAUCGGCCAAAACAUCGUCACGGCUGUGACGAACAUGAAGGGCCUGUGGAUGGCGUGCGUCCACCAGAGCACAGGAGUCUUCCAGUGCGAGACCUUCAGCACCAGCCUCGGCCUAUCCACCGAACUGCAGGCGGCCCGGGCCAUGAUGGUCUUCUCAGUUAUCUUUUCUGCCCUAGCCUGUGCAGUGUCCAGCGUUGGGAUGCAGUGCACCACGUGCAUGGACGGCUUCUCGGGAACCAAGGCGAAAGCAGCUGGAGCCGGCGGGUGCCUUUUUUUUAUCGCCGGUCUUCUGUCGCUCAUUCCCAUUUCCUGGCAGACCCAUGAGGUAGUGCAGACCUUCUACCAGUACACCGAACAUGACGGUCUGAAGUUCGAGAUUGGGGACUGCCUGUUUGUCGGGUUUGCCUCGUCUAUAGUGUCUCUGUUAGGUGGAGGGCUGCUAAGCAUGUCCUGCUGCAGUUACAAGGAUGUACAGCGAAGGUUCAGACGCCACGCCGGGGGUUACCCGUACCCCGAACGCGUAGGAAAACACGGCACGGGCCGUGGCGCCUCACGGUGGACGCCCUUCCGCCCUUCAGCCACUCUGCAGAGCGGAAUCAACAUGAAUCCCACCAACAGGACCCAGACCAUGGAGAGCCACUACAGUAGCAGCAGCAGCCAGUCCACUACCGGCGUCCAAGACGCCACGAAACCGGCACACCGGAAACCGGCAGCUAGCUAUGAAGUCACCGGGUACGUCUGAACAUUUGGCCUAGCUGCUCUUCCGUACCAUGGACUUGAAAAGACUGACAAACUUCUUCACGAACUUUUUUGUGAACAUGUCUUGGAUAUUUGCUUUAUAAAUUAAACAUAUUCAUAUUA